AUGUCUUACAUUCCAACCGUGAGCGUCAGCAGCGCGGCUGCAGCCGCUAAUAUGAGUUCCGCAGCAAACAUGGCUGCCGCAGCCUAUUUCAAGAACGGUGGCUAUGGUAAUCCGCAUAUGCCCGGAGCGGCCGCUUUGGGUUUCACCACUCCGAGCGCACAUAAUUUUCUGCCAGCUGGCAUGGGCUACAUCGGUGGCUCAUUGGCCGAUUGUCAAACUGCUAGCAUGGCCGCAUGGAAUGCUGGACAGGCGUCGAGGAAACAACGCCGUGAGCGUACAACAUUCACACGGAUACAGUUGGAAGUUCUCGAAGGAUAUUUUUCAAAGACGCGAUAUCCAGACAUAUUCAUCAGAGAGGAGAUCUCGCUAAAAAUUCAGCUACCCGAAUCAAGAGUUCAGGUUUGGUUCAAGAAUCGUCGUGCAAAAGCACGUCAGCAAAAAAAAGCGGCUAAGCAAGAGGCACACGUCAGCAAUAACGCCGCUUGUCACUCCACUUCCACAAAUCAUACAAACAGUAACACGUCCUCAGAAGGACACCCUGCAAAUAGUGAACCAAAUGAGGUUCAAGUAAAAAUCGAGGAGAAUGCCGACACGGUGCUCCCGGAACAAACCGAUCCGAUCACCACAACAUCUCCGGUCGAAAUCGAUCACACAAAACUACCCAUCAUACCGUCUUCCUACAUUGGCACAAUAUCACCAUCGUCCGCAUACGCUGCACAACAGGCGUUCCCUCAAGGAUACGGUUAUGGGAGUUAUCAGUCGGCCGUUCCGACACCAAUGGACUAUUUCCAGUAUCCAACCAGUGCGGCAGCCACAUAUGGUGCGGCUGCAGCCGCUGAUCCGUGGAAGUUCAUCAAUCAAUGA